AUGAAUGUGUCGGUGAGUGACCAGAUGUGUGAUCGUGAAAGAAAUAAGAUACUUUUUGCGUUAAAUACCAAGUACCGUGAGUUAUUCGCAGAAAAUCUGCAGCAUCCAAUGGAAGGUUUUGAAGCUAAUAUUGUUGUGAGAGACCAUGCGUCUCCAGUGUUUUACAAGCCGUAUGAUGUGCCGUUUUCACUCAGAGAGAAGGUCUCAGAGGAGUUAGAUAGGUUGGUGAGAGAAGAUGUUCUUAGAUCUGUUCAACACAGCGAUUGGGCAUCACCAAUCGUAGUGGUUCCUAAGGCAGACGGCAGCGUGAGAAUCUGUAUGGAUUGUAAGGUGACAGUGAACAAAGUCAUUUGCAAUGAGCAUUAUCCGUUACCGAAUAUUAACGAUGUGUUCGCCAAUAUGAGUGGAUAUAAGUAUUUCGCUAAGUUGGAUCUACAGGGUGCGUAUAUGCAGAUUAAGGUUACAGAAAAGUCGCAAAAAUUUUUAGUUGUGAACACUCACAAAGGUCUGUAUGCGUUUACUAGAUUACCUUUUGGAAUCUCGAGUGCAGCAUCCACUUUCCAAAGGAUUAUGGAUGAAAUCUUAACCGGAAUAGAGGGAGUUCAGAGUUAUCUGGACGAUAUUAUGAUAGGGAGCGAUACUAUUGAGGGUUUGAUUGCUACAACAUACGAAGUACUUGAUCGAAAAAUGAAAAAGCACAAAGUCAAGGUCAACUUGAGCAAGAGUGAAUUUCUAGUGAGAGAAUUUCAGUAUCUAGGGCACAAGGUGUCAGAGAGGGGUCUCAGUCCGUCGGAUGAGAAAGUUAAAGCGAUCAAGGAAGCUCCACGUCCAAGGGAUGUCUCCCAGUUGAAAUCGUUCUUAGGAAUGAUUAAUUAUUAUUCGAAGUUUGUUCCGAAUCUGUCGAUGAAGCUCAGUCCACUUUAUGCGCUGCUGAAGAAAAACGUUCGUUUUGAAUGGAAUGACCAAUGUGAGAAAGUUUUCAGUGAGUGUAAGAAGCUUUUGCUUAGCCACAAGCUGUUGGCGUUGUAUAAUCCCGAGUUACCCAUUGUGAUCAUCUGUGAUGCGAGUUCUAAUGGGGUUGGAGCAGUGUUGUGCCACAAAUUAGGAGGGAUAGAGAAGCCUGUAUUUUAUGUGUCAAGUACUCUUUCAGUGUCGGAAAAAAAUUAUCCGAAUCUUCAUCGAGAGGCACUCGCGGUAGUAUUUGGUUUAACGAAGUUUUUCAAAUACAUUUACGGAAAAAGUUUUACAGUUGUAACAGAUAAUAAGCCAUUGGCGAGUAUUUUCGAUUUCAAGAAAGGUAUUCCAUCGUUAACCGUCACUAGAUUGCAAAAAUAUGUCCACAUGUUGUCGAUUUUCGAUUUCAACAUUGAGUAUCGACCGGGUUCGAAAGUCUCGAAUGCCGAUGCCUUAAGUAGGUUGCCGAUUCAGGGUGAGACAGGGAUAGCAGAUGUAGCUGAUCUUCGCUGGUUAAGUGGCGAAGCGGAAGUGGUCGAUCUAGAGUUGAUAGGUCAGGCUACUCAGGAUGACCCGAGAAUGAAAGAGCUUUUUCUGUGUGUGAGAGACGGAUGGAAAGAGAGCGCAAUUCCAGCCGAUUUGAAAUUUUACUUUUCGAAUCAGGGCUGUUUAUCGCUGUACAAAAACUGUGUGAUCUAUUCUGAGAGAGUAAUUGUUCCAAAGUCUUGUCGGAAACGUAACUUAGAGUUGUUGCAUGGAUGUCACCUUGGUGUCAUUCGCAUGAAACAGGCAGCUCGUAGAUUUGUAUAUUGGCAAGGCUUAGAUAAGCAAAUCGAAGAAUUCGUUCAACAAUGUGAGGUACGCAGUAGUAUGGGCAGAACCGUCAAGAAGAAGUUCUCUGAAUGGCCAAAAGCUCUUUGUCCCUUCGAUCGAAUACAUUUGGACUUUUUCCACUUAGCAGGGAGGACGUUUCUGGUUAUGAUUGAUGCCUAUUCGAAAUGGAUGGACAUCAGAAUGAUGCAUAGGACGGAUGCGGAAGCAUUGAUCAACGUGCUGAAUUCAAUAUUCAGAAUUUUCGGAAUUUGUGGUACCAUAGUCAGUGAUAAUGGACCUCCAUUGACUAGUAACGCCUUCUCGGAGUACGCUAAAUCAAUGAGGAUAAAGUUCAUGAAAAGUCCAGCUUAUUCACCUGAAAGCAAUGGACUUGCUGAGAGAGCGGUGCAGACUGCAAAAAAUGGGAUUAAGAAGCUUCUUGUCGAUCCGAAAUUUAAUCACAAAAAGUUAGCGGAAAUUGAUGAAAUAUUUCUAUUUAGCUACCGUAACAGUUACAGUCAGGCCAUAGAUUGUACGCCUGCUAGUAAGGUCUUUUCGUUCAUUCCAAAAACGGAUCUCGAGUCAAAUUUGAAACCGAAUGUUGAAACAAUAAAGAAGAAAGUUAGUUUUAAGGAAGAUGUUAAUAGUAAGAAAAAUCAUGCAAAAAUUGAAUCAAAAUUUAAAGUAGGUGAUCUGGUGUGGUAUAAAAGUGAGAUUAGAAGUACCAGAUCAUGGCUCGAAGCAAAGAUUGUUGGAGUCAAUAGUACUAACACGUCUUACGUGGACGUUAACGGAGCCUUGAGAUUAGCGAGCAGGAAUCAGUUGAAAUUGAGAAUGACAAAGAGAGAGGAUUAUAUUUACCCAAAAGUUGUAAACAAGAGAAGAGUGAGUACCCCUGAUCAACCGAGAUCUCCUAGAAGUGUAAGCGUUGAUUCUCCAAGAAGAUCUCCUGAGAUAGCAGUUGAAAUUCGCAGGAGUAAAAGAGUAGGAAAACGACCGGAUAGAUUUUGUUUAGGUUCCUUAUGA